UCGUAUAUCGUGUAUCUUUCGAGCAUCGAAAGUUUCAGCAAAAAGUUCCAAUUCUUUUCUCCUUCUCCUUUCUCUCUCUCUCUCUCUUUCUCUGUGUUCAAGUAAUCAAACAGUAAAAGAUUAAUUCUUUGUUUAUAUUGAUACAUAAUAGUAAUUGUUUGAUUUUCUAAAAGUUCCAAUUGUUCAUAAGGAAAAUUAAUCAAUUUAAAUUCAUGAUUGAAUGUUGAGUUGGCAUGAAAAUUUAGGAUCUAUUAAUAGUUUCGGUUUUGCUGAAAAAGUGCCAAUAAAAAAAAGUAAAUCAAAUUGUCACAAUGUUACCAACUCAAUAUUAUUUGGUGUUUACAGUUUUACAUCAUCUAGUAUUUAAUUGUUCAGGGAAUCAUUUAAAUUGUGUUCAUCGUUUUCUCAGUGAUCAAUCACUAUCUUCUUUAUCAUCGUCUUCAUCGUCUUCAUCAACGAAAUACUCAUCUUCCUCCUCAUCCCCAGCAUCGUUCAGUGUAUCAACAUCAUCUUUCACUUCAACAUCCCAUUCACCUUCACCUUCAUCUUCAUCCUCAUCCUCAUCCUCAUCUCCAUUAUCAUCAUCAUCCAUUUCAUACAAUUACCUAAUCGGAUAUACUAAUCCCAAUAACAACAGCAAUAGUUUGAAAUCUAAAAAUGAUAAACAUGUUAAUCUAAUCCAUCAUCAUCAUCAUCAUUCAUUACGAAAUAAUAAUAAUCAAUUUAAUCCAAUAAUCAGCAAUUCCAAGUUAAUUUCAAGUGUCUCCAAUAAAUUGCCAUUAACAUCAACAACGAAAACAACAAUUACACCAAAAGAUCAACAACAACAACAACAUCAUCAUCUCCACAUGGAUCAUGGCUAUAAAUUAUCCUCUCCAGUGAUUAAUAAUAAUAAUAAUAAUUUACCAUUUUUAUCAACAUCAACAUCAUCAACCCUGAUGAUGAGCUCGGAUGAAUCAUCAUCGGCUGGUGAUCAACCCGUUAAUCGAACCCGUUUUAGUCACAUUUCCCUUUCCGGUAAAGUUUUCUCAUGGCCAGUGAAAAGAGUGGCCGAGGUUAAUGGUGACAUUAUUUUAGGUGGACUGAUGAUGAUACACCAACGGGAGGAUAGGCUAAUCUGUGGUGAGAUUAUGCCUCAAGGGGGUAUUCAAGUUGUUGAAUGUAUGUUAUAUACACUUGAUUGGAUUAACAAUCAGGAAGAUUUUCUUCCAGGAAUAACAUUGGGUGCAUACAUAUUGGACGAUUGUGACAAGGACACUUAUGGCCUGGAACAGUCUGUAGACUUUAUUAAAGGUUCGAUAUCUAAUAUUGGUGAGGGAACGUAUUUUUGUAAGGAUGGAUCAACCCCGGCCCUGGAACAACGGGUUAUCUCUGGGGUUCUUGGUGCUGCUUCGAGUGUUACCUCAAUUCAGGUUGCAAAUCUACUCCGUCUAUUCAGAAUACCUCAAAUAAGUUUCUUCUCAACUUCCCCUGAACUGAGUAACAAGGAAAGGUUCAAAUACUUUUUACGAACUGUACCUUCAGAUCAGAAUCAAGCUCAAGCAAUGGUUGAGAUAAUACAACGACUCAACUGGACCUAUGUGAGUGUUUUAUACGAAGAAUCAAAUUAUGGUGCCAAGGCUUUUGAAGUUCUCGAUGAUUUAUUAACUGCCAAUGGCAUUUGUAUCGCUGUCAGGGAAAAGCUUCCAAAAGAUUCUGGUGUUGCUCAAGAAAAGGUUUAUGAUUCAAUUCUGCAUAAACUAUUAGCCAAACCAAGAGCCAGAGGUGUGGUCGUUUUUGGCUCAGAUCAAGAGGUCAAGGAUCUUAUGCAAAGUGUUAAACGUAAUAAUGUUACUGGUCGAUUCCAAUGGAUUGGGUCGGAUGGUUGGUCAGCUCGAGCUCUUGUUUAUGAUGGUAAUGAGCAUGAGGUCGAGGGGACAUUGUCCAUUCAGCCAAUGGCUAAUCCGGUUUACGGAUUCGAUGAUUACUUUUUAAGCCUUACACCUAAAAAUAAUAAACGAAAUCCCUGGUUUAUUGAAUUCUGGGAACAUUAUUUUAGGUGUAAAUGGAAUAACAGUCAAAUUACUCCAUUUAAUCAAGAAUAUGACAGUUUUUGUACAGGGGAAGAGCGAAUGAGCUAUUCUAAUGGUUAUCAAUCUGAGAGACAAUUACAGUUCGUAAGUGAUGCAGUUCUGGUGUUUGGUUAUGCACUUCGAGAGAUGCACCAAGAGAGAUGUGGAGGUAAAUCGGGAAUCUGUGGUGAGAUGAAUAUCAAUGAUGGUGAUGUACUAUUAGAAUACUUGAAGAAGGUUCAGUUUACAGGACUUUCGGGUGAUCAGUUUCGUUUCAGUGAGAAUCAAAAUGGACCCAUAAGGUACAAUAUUUUACACUUUAAACGAACAGGGAAAGAUUCAUGGGCUUGGGUUAAAGUGGGUAAAUAUCAAGAUGGAAUUCUCAAUCUAAAUAUGGAAUCGGUUCGUUUUACCGAUGAAUCUCCAGGUAUACCGUUAUCCGUUUGUAGUCCACCCUGUGAGAAAGGUCAAGCAAAGAAAUAUAUUGACGGUGAAAAGUGUUGCUGGCAUUGUUCAGAUUGUGGUAAAUAUCAGGUUCUCUUAAGUGAAACCGAGUGUUACAAUUGUGCCAAUGGAUUUUUACCCGAUGAAACUCAAUCAAUAUGCUUACCAAUACCAGAAGAUUAUGUUAACAUCAAUUCCUCCCUGGUAAUUGGUGCCAUAACCUUUAGCUCAACCGGAGUAUUAACCGUCCUAUGGAUAAUAUGUAUUUUCAUUAAAUAUAAAGAUACACCGAUAGUCCGAGCAUCAGGUCGUGAACUUUCAUUUGUCCUUUUAGCUGGACUUUUACUUUGCUAUUCGAUAACCUAUCUACUUAUGCUUCGACCAACCAAUUUUGUCUGUGGUUCCAUUCAAACAAUGAUCGGUUGCUCCUUCUCAAUGGUUUACUCUUCCCUUUUAACAAAAACCAAUAGAAUUGCCCGAAUCUUUGAUGCUGGUAAAAAAUCCGCUCAACGUCCAUCUUUCAUCAGCCCACAAUCGCAAUUGUGUAUCUGCGUUUUCAUGAUCUUUGUCCAGGUUAUCAUUACCCUUCUCUGGUUUGCCUUUCACCCACCAAGAGCGGUUCACACUUACCCAACCCGUGAAGAUAAUCUGAUAAUCUGCUCUUCAAAUGAAUCGGUUGACUUUUUCCUAGCAUUUGCUUAUCCAUUUAUAUUGAUCUUUGUUUGUACCGUUUACGCGGUUUUAACCCGAAAAAUACCUGAAGCUUUCAAUGAAUCUAAAUACAUUGGAUUCACCAUGUAUACAACCUGCGUUAUCUGGAUAGCAUUUAUCCCAAUCUAUUUUACCACCCGACAAGAUAUUACCCUCAACAUUACCACUCUUUCCUAUUCAAUCAACUGUUCGGCAACCAUUGCAGUGGCCUGUCUUUUCUCACCCAAACUGUACAUUAUCCUCCUUCACCCGGAGAAAAAUAUUCGACAAUCAAUGAUGCCUUAUAACAAAUAUGGAACCACCAAGGCCAAUCCACCUCCCACCCUGAUUACCUGCACCUCCUCUGGUCGCAUGGAAUCAGCAACACAAUCCGAAGAGACAGAGAUGUUACAUCGUCAUCGUAAUAAUAAUAAUCAUGAUUGUCAACCGGAAAAAGUUCAUAGCCAAACUCAAACUUCACCGAUAAUCUCAUAUCCGGAUAAUAAUAUUUCAUCAAUAGGCCAUUCAAAUAACCUUAACACUAAGGAUGGACAUUUAAAUUCAAUCAAUACAAACUCCUGACUAGGGGAGUGGUUAUAAUUAAACCAGAAAAUUUAUUCAAUUGUAAUUAAAUUAAAUCUAAAAGUUUCAAUUGUUCACUAAUUAUGUACAAAAAGAUUAACUGUAAAAAUGUAACUACGAAAUUUUUUUUUUUGAUUGUUAAUCACGUAACAAGAAAAAUGCACAAUUUUGCCCAAUAAUUAGUUUGAUUGACAAUUAAUUAGAAAUCGAUAUCAUCAAUCAUGUAAACCAGUUUAAAUUUGUACAAAAUUGUAUUGAUUAAUUACUAUUACUAAUUAACUUAUGGCGGGAAAAAUUUAUCAACUCAAUUGUUAAACAAACUUUGAACAGAUUUUGUCAAAUUUUCUUGUUAAUUGUUUUGUUGUAUUAAAAUUGUUAAUCACUUGCCAUUUGAUAAUUUGAUUAAAUGAAUCAAAUAGUUAAACUAAAUUAAUUCUUAGCAAUUUAAUUAUUAAAAUGAAAAUCU